UAUUCUAUAGGCGUAAGGCGUAAAUUCAAGGGAACCAUAACUACUAAACGGAUUUUUUUCUAGAGAGUACUCAGGGAAAGAUAAAACGCCCAUUGUGCAAAGUUGAUUUCCUGAUUGGGAUUUAGAUAAUCUUAUCCAGAGAGAUAUCGAUGCUUCAGGAAAUCACGCAAACUCCCUGAAAUCAGAUAUCCAUGCCUUUAAUGACUUUGGAAGAUGAAAGGACUCAUACAUUGUCAACCGUGUAAACAUUAGUGGUGUAAUCGGUGUAAAUUUGACAUUGUCAACCGUGUAAACAUUAGUGAUGUAAUCGGUGUAAAUAUGGUUGAUGAACUCAAAUAUAGCAUGUGAAUGACCUUAUGAACUCAUACAUUGUAAACCGUGUAAACAUUAGUGAUGUAAUUGGUGUAAAUAUGAUUGAUGAACUCAAAUAUAGCAUGUGGAUGACAUACAGUGUAAACAUUAGUGAUGUAAUCGGUGUAAAUAUGAUUGAUGAACUCAAAUAUAGCAUGUGAAUGACCUUAUUUCAUAAUAUUAACAAUCAUGUGAAUACUGGUCGUGUACGUAAUUCCGGCCUGUACGUAAAAAAUCGGCCACCUGUGUUUAAUCAUUUUCAUGAUCUAAACACACAUGUUUUGAUAAUUUUUAGAAUAAUCAACUUGAAAACCAACCCUACUCUCAAUAUUUUGCAAAUUAAAGAAGCAUUUCACUGUAAACGUCUGCAUUAAAAUGUCUCAAACAUAACACAAGAUAUUUCUCUCAUGGGAAAAGUGACGUCAUUAGCCAAUGCAAAAAAUUAUAAUUAUAUAAGAAACAAAUAUAUUUGAAAAAAUUAUUAUUAUUUCUCUCUGAUAAACUUUUAUUAAGGUAUUUUUUAAUUAAUUGUAUAAAAACAUACAUUUAAAACAAAAAAAUCAGGACCUAAAUAUAAACUUUUAAUAUAUGAAUUACCUCCCUUGAUUUGAAUAUUAAUAGUUUACAUGUUGUAAAAUUAAAUAUAAGCGUUUACUAAAAAUCGACACUAAAGUCAACUUUUUAAACAAAAUGUUUUUACUUUCUUAGCUAUGUUAGUAAAAAUUGAUUAAAACUAUUGAAAAUAAAUAUUUUUUAUGAAUUUGCAGUUCCCCAUUAACCGUGCAGGCCUGUUAUUAUUUAAUAAAAUAGGUAGGGGGAGUAACUGGUAUAAAAACGUCGCAUAUAUGUUAAGUUUCAAGUCAAAAAUUGUGUUUGUGUAAACCUUUAUUAAUACUCUUAAAAUGAGGACAUUCGUCUAAAGAUAUUGCUUUGUAAUUGUACCUGCAGAUUAAACUGAAAAGUGGCCGAUUUUUUAGGUACAAUUGCCCUACGAAAAUUGAUAGUUUAUAUGUCAUUAAUUACUGUUCAUAAAAGUAACAUACACUGAUCUAAUUCUAUUGAAAUUUUCAUGCUAGGUGAGUUUUGAACCCAGGAUUAUAUAUGUGAAGUUUAGUUUCAACCAGUUGCCUAAAACAAAAGAUUUUGUUAAAAUAGUCCCAAAAGUGGCCGGAAUUACGUACCCGACCAGUAGUCUUAUUUUCAUUUGGCCAAAGUUUGAAGAUGCUAUUGAACUUACGCGUGGUAAUGCACGAUUUAGAUAUGUUUUUUUAUGCAGUAAAAAAGAAGUUCCAAAAAUGAAACUUGAAUUGAAAAUGGAACCACAAAGUUCCAUUUAAGUAUGGUAAAAUAUUCAAAACUGAAGCUCAGGGAAUUCAAAGUAUAAAUUCCGGUCAAAAGUGAAAACACAAACGACAGUAAAAACAACAAAACAACAACACAUAAGAAUGGGGGGUAUGAACAGUUGUUGCAUUCCGAAGAAAAGCGGAAUUGAAGAUGAUGAAACAAAGAAGUCAAGUUUUCGUAAGCAUCGAAGGCAACUUAGUGCGACUUUCAACAUGGCGGUUUUGGGAGAAGAAAAAGAAGAACUUGUAAAAAAUAAACUUGAUAUAAAUACAGCGACAGAAGAGGAACUAAUGACCUUGCCUGGUAUAAACCGUGAAACUGCCAAAAAGAUAGUGGAUUAUCGUAGACAGAUCAAGGGGUUUAAGGUGAUCGAAGAUUUAGCGCUAGUUUCAGGUGUUGGUGCGGUAAAAUUGAAAGCGAUUCAGCACGAAAUAUGUCUGAAAACAGACGAUGACGGAAAAGGUGACAAUUUUGAAGCUUCCUUAAAUGGGGUUAUUAAAAAGGAAAGUAAAUCAGUGAUUGUUCACUUGAAUUCGUCAAAUGUGUUCCAGUUGAUGAAAGUUAAAGGAAUAGGCCAAACUUUGGCUGAAAAUAUAGUCACGUACAGGGAUAAAAAGGGACCAUUUACGAACAUCGAUGACUUGAUAAAAGUGAAGGGUAUAGGGCCAAAUGUUUUAAGUGCAAUUAGGCCACAGUUGACAUUGGACGAAAACCUUGCUACAGACAGUGUGUCUUAUGCUUCAUCGAAAAAGUCUUCAAAUUUAAAUUUCAAUACCAGUGCAAUACCUAGCAGAACGUCAGACAUUUCUUUACAUUCUCGCAAUAAUUCCCAUGACCCGGCUGUUGAAUUUUCAAAAGGAUCUUUAGAAAACUUGGUGGACAAAUUGGGGCCAUAUUCACAAAAACCGUUACGGCCUGCAGUGGAAUUCCCAACGUUUAAGUGCAAUAAUCGUAAAGCUGUUCGCAUUGCCUCGUGGAAUCUGCAGUGUUGUUCUUCUGAGAAAGCAAAUAACCCAGGGGUACAAGAUGUCGUGUGUAUGACCAUCUUGGAAAAUGGAUUGAGCAUUAUAGCUGUACAAGAACUUGCAGACAAGGAGGCCUUGCAAAAGAUAUGCGAUGAGCUCAACACACCCACCCUGCCUAACAACCAGAAAUGGGCAGGUCAUCGUGGCAAAUGGAGGUGUGUCAUUUCAGAGUCAACGGGUCGCAUGUACAUGAGUAACGAGUACAAUGGAUUCCUGUAUGAUGAAAUGCAGGGUGUUGCCCUUGUUAGCUCAACCCUCCUGGCCAUGGACAAGAAACAGAAACCCUUCACCCGACGACCUUUCAUUGCUACGUUCAAGAUCAGCGGUUUUGACUGCGCACUUGUAAGUGUACAUCUGAAGGCAACCGGUCUGGAGAAUGAGGACAUCGGUCGACUGCAGGCAGAGAUUGACAAUAUCCCCAGCCUUAUAGAGGCCAUUAGGACCGCUCUGCCAGGGGAAAAUGAUAUUAUACUGCUUGGUGACUUUAACCUGUCUCCAGAUACCAAAGAUUUUGAUGAUCUUCGAAAUCUAGGCUAUCACAAUUGUAUUGCCGACGGUGUCUUCACAAACAUAAGCGACGCCAACAAAAAAGGCAGCAAGACAUACGAUAACAUCUGGAUAUCUAAACAGACAAAACAAGUGUUCACUGGUCAAUGUGACGUCGUGAGAGAGGGCCUGUCCAGUCCAUGGAUCCCCAAGGGCUGGACGUGGGGCGGAGUCGUGAGUGACCACUGUCCAGUGUGGGCCCAGUUCUACACGGGCCGUGACCUUGACACUGGAGACCUGAAGAUCGGACCAGAGGUCAUUAAAUUUGCACUGACUGACUGAAGUUUUUUUUAAAAGAUUAGAAUAUUACACAUGUAACUCUGGUUAUGUGACAGACAUCACUGAUAUCGAAUUGGUGAUGCAAUUCUUCAAACAGUAAACAGUGAAAAUAUUCCACACUUUUCAUUAUGUUAUUGCUGUGAAAAUUGCUAUUUAAACUACUUGACCAAGAGAAUAUUUCUGAUAUUAAAACACAAAAAUGUUCAAUCGCUGGUCAAUUUUGUCUUAUUAGUUUAUUAUUGGCUUCCAUUUUUAGCUCAUCUAUUUUUUGAAAAAAAAUUAUGAGCUAUUGUCAUCACCUUGGCGUCGGCGUCGGCGUUGGCGUCCGGUUAAGUUUUGCGUUUAGGUCCACUUUUCUCAGUAAGUAUCAAUGCUAUUGCAUUCAAACUUGGUACACUUACUUACUAUCAUGAGAGGACUGGGCAGGCAAAGUUAGAUAACUCUGGCGUGCAUUUUUACAGAAUUAAGUGCUCUUUUUAUACUUAGAAAAUUGAAAAUUUUGGUUAAGUUUUGCGUUUAGGACCAUUUUAUUCCGUAAGUAUCAAAGCUAUUGCUUUCAUACUUGCAACACUUACUAACUAUCAUAAGGGGACUGUGCAGGCAAAGUAAUGUAACUCUGACUAGCAUUUUGACAGAAUUAUGGGCCCUUUUUAUACUUAGAAAAUUGAAAAUUUGGUUAAGUUUUGUGUUAAGGUCCACUUUAUUCCUACAGUAUCAAAGCUAUUGCUUUUAUACUUGCAACACUUAUUAACUAUCAUAAGGGGACUGUGCAGGCAAAGUUAUGUAACUCUGACUCGCUUUUGGACGGAAUUAUGGGCCCUUUAUACUUAGAAAAUUGAAAAUUUGGUUAAGUUUUGUGUUUUGGUCAACUUUACCACUAAAGUAUCAUAGAUAUUGCUUUCAUACUUGGAUCACUCGCAAACUAUCAUAAGGGUACAGACAAGUUGCAUAACUCUGGUUGUCAUUUUUACGGAAUUAUGGCCCUUUUUUGACUUAGUAACUUUGAAUAUAUGGUUAAAUUUUGUGUUUCGAUCCACUUUACUUCUUAACUAUCAAGGCUAUUGCUUUCAAACUUCAAAUACUUUCAUGCUAUCAUGUGGUUACUGUACCUGGCAAGUUGAAUUUUACCUUGACCUUUGAAUGACCUUCACUCUCAAUGUCAAAUUAUUAAAUUUUGCUAAAAUUGCCAUGACUUCUUUAUUUAUGAUUAGAUUUGAUUGAUACUUUGACAAAACUACUCUUACCUGACAUACCACAAUAGACUCCACCCAAACCA